GUAUAUGAGGCUCGUGACAAGGUCAUUGGGGAGGGGACUGGCAUCUUUCUGUUUCCCAACGGCCUUAGAGCACUCAACAGAAUCGACCCAGCCAUCGUGACACAGCUACUUUCUCGGGGAGUCCCAGAUCCCACAUGUCUCUUCCUCACCCCGUUCGGCCACCGUCUGUCCCGCUGGGGCCUGUCGACCAACAUGGCUGCUCGGUAUGGCUUCCCAAUGCUGGCGAUCGGCUGGCGAGAGGUGCACGAUGUGCUCUUCCGCAUGCUGCCAAGAGACGCCGUCCACACCGGCCACAGGCUUGUUGCGAUGUCACAGAGGGAGGAGGCGGAGGGGGGUGGAAAGGGCAGCGGCACGGUGAAGUGCGUCUUUCGAAAGGUGGAGCGUGGGACGAAGCGUCUACUGGAGGUGGAGACGCCGCUUCUUUUGGGAGCAGAUGGCAUUUUCUCCGAAACCAGAAAGCAUUUGCUGGGGCAGCAGGAGGGGCGCAAUGAGAAUGGCGGGUUAGUAGGAGAGGAAGUGGGGCCUCGAGACACUGGGCGAACUAUCUGGAGGGCCAUCAUCGACAGCAGCCUUGUCUCCCACCCACUACUGCAGCCACAGCACAGUCUCAACAUACUAGCUGGCGACCGUGUGGGAGCCGUCCUGAACGGCCACGCAGGCAAGCUUUACUGGGGCCUCGCGCUUGCUGACGGGGAUGAUCCGACGGUCAGCAGCAGCCGAUCCAGGAGCGGGGAGGAGGCGAGGGAUAAGAUCCUGCGAGCAGUGAAGGGGUGGGAUUUGCUGCCGCAGUUGGCUGAGGCCACUCCACCAGAGCUAAUAGUGGAACGCCGCAUGCUUGACCUGCCCACCCUGCCCUUCUGGGUCAAAGGCCGCACUGCUCUACUGGGAGAUGCGGCUCAUGCAAUAACGCCAGAGCUGGGUCAGGGGGCGAACAUGGCGUUUGAGGACGUGGCACAGAUGGUGGAAUGCAUCCGCGCCUACUCAGAUGUCAGGCGUGCACUGGAAAGCUUCCAGUCCCUUCGCAUGCCACGUGUGCAUGACGUGGCAGCAAUGAAUAAUGCGUGCAGCUGGAGUCAACAGGUGCAGCUGGAGUCAACAGGUGCAGCUGGAGUCAACAGGUGCAGCUGGAGUCAACAGGUGCAGGUGUAG